AACAAAGAUUCAAUGAUUAAAAAUAAACGACUGUAAUGUUUUAAAUCAAUAACAUUAAGUUGGCAAUAUUUCAUAAUGACUCAAGGUGUUAGUGAAAGUGAUAAUAAAAUGGAGUUUGAGACGCAGUGCCGGCCGCCGCUUCGGGUUUUAUGGCAGGCGACUAUGUAUUUACAGCGGGGAAGUUACCGUAUAGAUGUGCUGUGCCGUUAUGUGAUCACCAACCUCCAGACUAUUCACCCGAAUGGAUAUUGAACGCCAUCCCAGAGAGAUCAACGGGCUUUGAAGAUUGUUCUCGCUAUGCUAACAUAAUAAACACCACCACAUUACCGAACAAUACGUGUUCCGCUGACCUUUUUAACAGAAGUAUGACAAUUCCUUGUGACGGAUAUGUGUAUAGUAGAACGAACACGGUUGUUUAUGAUUUCGGUCUGGAAUGCCAGGAGUGGCUCAGAGCACUGGCCGGGACUUUAAACAGUCUGGGUGCAAUGAUCGCUCUGCCUUUAGCCGGAUUCGUCUCCGACUAUUUUGGUCGACGUAUUUCAGUUGUGUUUUUUGCAUUCAAUGUCGCUUUAGUGGGCUUAGUUAAAGCCUUUUCCGUAAAUUAUACUAUGUACGUAGUUUUACAAUUUUUACACACAGCAAUAGGAGGUGGACUUUACAGUGCAGCUUAUAUAUUAGCAACAGAACUAGUUGGUCCUAAAUUUCGCGUUCCAACGAGCGCUACAAUGUCAUCUAUGUUUGCCCUCGGUCAAGCAUUGUUGGGUGGGAUUGCUGCAGCCGUGCCCGAAUGGCGUAAGCUGACAUUGACAUUAUUUAUUCCUGUAUUUUCGAUACUUUCUUACUAUUGGAUCGUAUCAGAAAGUCACCGAUGGCUACUUAGUAAAAAUAAGAACUACGAGGCCAGGAGCGUGUUAGAGAAAGCAGCCAAAUUAAAUAAAAGAAUAAUUUCCGAAAAUGCGAUGACAAUUCUCCUCACAUCAAUUCCUAAAUUAAGUAAAGAAAAAUCAGAUAUUAGUAAUAAACCGUUAUUUAUUCGAGUUUUAAAAUCGCCAGUGAUGUUACGUAGAUGUUGCACUACACCUGUAUAUUGGAUAGCGACAACGUUCAUUUAUUAUGGUUUAUCAAUUAACUCUGUUAGUUUAUCUGGAAAUAUGUAUUUGAAUUACGUACUAACAGCUCUUAUUGAAAUACCUGGUUAUUGGACAGCUUUUCUAGUAUUGGAUAGACUGGGCCGAAAGGUUACUCUGUUCACUGGUUAUAUGUUGUGUUCAAUAUGUUGUUUAGCAUUUUCUUUUACACCUGACAGUAUGUACGUUUUAUCUUUGAUUUUAUUUUUAAUGGGUAAGUUCAGCACAGGGGUCAUUUUUACGUCCUUGUACCUAUUUACUUCUGAACUCUAUCCAACCAGACAUCGCCAUUCAUUUCUAGGCUUUUCUUCAAUGUUAGGCCGAAUUGGUUCCGUAGUAUCACCACUAACGCCACCUCUAAUGGUAUAUUGGUCGGGAAUUCCAUCGAUGCUUUUCGCAAUCAUGGCAGCCCUAGCAGGAUUUUUAAUAUUAACACAGCCUGAAACACGUGGUUUAAAAGUACCAGACACAUUUGAAGAUGCCGAACAAAUAGGAAAAUAGAAUAUAAAUUAUUUUUAAAUAGGUAA